UCCCCUUGCCCUAGCCGCCGCCGCCGCCGCCGCCUCCUCGACUCCCUUCUCCACCGCCGCCGCUUCUGCCGGCGACGCCAGCCCCGCUCCCCAGCAAGCUGCCUCCCCUCGUUCAACCACCCGACGGGCGUCCCCCGCUUGCUCCCAAGGCCUUUUCCCCUUCCCCUUCUCCUCCUGCUCGCCGUCGCCUGCGCUUCUCAGGAGACCGGCUCUCGGUUGUGAUCAGUGGUAGGCCUUCAUCAACGUUCUUGUGCUAUUAUGCGAUCUUCAUGGGCUGACUCAGUUGCGAACGCCGAGGAAUCGGCGCCCGCGACUGCUGUUGCUAACGGACCCGUUGCUAAUCACGGCAACUCGCGCCUGCCGCGCAGCUCCUACGUUCCUCCGCACCUACGUGGCCACUCGUCUGGUGCCGGUGUCGAGGCCCAAGCAGCUCCAGCGGUGCCGGCACAAGCUGGCACGCUGCCCUCAGCUGCUGCACAGCCUUCUGGCCAUCCUGGUGUGGCUGGCGGCCCUGGCUGGGCAGGCAUUGUGAAUGGUGGUGGCAGUGGCAGCGUGGGUGGUUCUCGCCAGGGCUAUGGCGUUGGUAGCGGUAGCCGUGGUGGCGGCGGCACUGGUUGGAACUCCCGCCCUGGGGGUUGGGACCGAAGAGACCGUGAACCAGAUCCCUUUGCCAACAGUGACGCUGCAGAUGUUGACUUUGAGGGUGAGAACACAGGCAUCAAUUUUGAUGCUUACGAAGACAUUCCUGUUGAGACAAGUGGCCAUGAUGUGCCUCCACCAGUCAACACAUUUGCAGCGAUUGACUUGGGCGAUGCGUUGAAUGAGAAUAUCAGAAGGUGCAAAUAUGUGAAGCCAACACCAGUGCAGCGUUAUGCCAUCCCAAUCUCCAUGGCAGGACGGGAUCUCAUGGCCUGUGCACAAACAGGGUCUGGAAAGACAGCAGCCUUUUGUUUCCCUAUCAUCAGUGGAAUCAUGAAGUCAAGGCCACCUCCCAGGUCACGGGGUUCUAGGACUGCAUAUCCUCUUGCACUAAUCCUAUCUCCCACUCGUGAGCUUUCAGUCCAAAUCCAUGAAGAAGCGAGGAAGUUUGCAUACCAGACUGGUGUUAAAGUAGUCGUUGCAUAUGGAGGAGCACCGAUUAAUCAGCAGCUGAGGGAGUUAGAAAGAGGUGUUGAAAUCCUUGUGGCGACUCCUGGCCGUUUAAUGGAUUUAUUGGAGAGGGCUAGAGUCUCAUUACAGAUGAUAAAGUAUUUAGCUCUUGAUGAAGCUGAUCGAAUGCUUGAUAUGGGAUUUGAGCCUCAGAUUCGUAAAAUAGUCGAGCAGAUGGACAUGCCUCCACGUGGAGAGAGGCAGACGAUGUUGUUUAGUGCUACAUUUCCAAAGGAGAUACAGAGGAUGGCUUCAGAUUUCCUUGCUGAUUACAUAUUUCUUGCUGUUGGGAGAGUUGGCUCAAGUACUGAUUUGAUUGUCCAGAGGGUUGAGUUUGUCCUUGAGGCUGACAAAAGAAGCUACCUCAUGGACCUUCUUCAUGCACAACGGGCAAAUGGUACACAUGGGAAGCAAGCUCUUACCUUGGUCUUUGUGGAGACAAAGAGGGGAGCUGAUGCUCUGGAGAACUGGCUUUGUAACAAUUGUUUCCCAGCAACUAGCAUUCAUGGAGACAGAACACAACAGGAAAGAGAAUAUGCACUGAGAUCCUUCAAGAGUGGAGCAACUCCCAUCCUCGUGGCAACUGAUGUUGCUGCUCGUGGACUGGAUAUACCUCAUGUUGCUCAUGUCAUUAAUUUUGAUCUCCCAAAUGAUAUCGAUGACUAUGUCCAUCGGAUAGGAAGGACAGGGCGUGCAGGGAAAUCUGGUCUGGCAACUGCAUUUUUCAACGAGAGCAACACCUCACUGGCACGGUCACUGAGUGAGCUCAUGCAGGAGGCUAACCAGGAGGUUCCUCAAUGGCUUGAGAGGUAUGCUGCCCGUUCAUCGUAUGGAGGUGGUGGUGGCGGCAGAAACCGCAGAUCAGGUGGUGGUGCUAGGUUCGGCGGUCGUGACUUCCGGCGAGACAGGGGCAGCAGUGGUGGAGGGUAUGGUGGUGGAGGUGGAGCUUAUGGAGGCGGUGGCUAUGGUGGUGGCGGCUAUGGUGGCGGCAGCAGCUACGGUGGAGGCGGUCAAGGUAUAUCUAGUGCUUGGGACUGAUCCUAGUGAACUAGAGCCAUCGUCAUGAGAACUGAAAUUUGAAACAAUCGUGCUCUAUUGGCCUCCCUUUGGUGACAUGGAAAUUUGGAAUUGAGUUGACGUGAUGAUAUGGUGUGGAAAACAUCGUCUUCAUCUUUCUUUCUGUCUGGUUUCAAUAUUUCCUUUUUUUGUACUGUACUAGGAUUGUUUGUGUUCUUAUCAGCGAAUUGUGAACUCAUCUUUUAAUGGGGCCUCUUUUUAUUAAUAUCUCCUUUCUGC